GCGGCCGGCAGGAUGCUGCCCUCGCAGGAAGCCUCCAAGCUCUACCAUGACAACUACGUGCGGAACUCGCGCGCCAUCGGCGUGCUCUGGGCCAUCUUCACCAUCUGCUUCGCCAUCAUCAACGUGGUGGUCUUCAUCCAGCCCUACUGGGUGGGCGACAGCGUCAACACGCCCAAGCCCGGUUACUUCGGGCUGUUCCACUACUGCGUGGGCAGCGGGCUGGCGGGCCGGGAGCUGUCGUGCCGCGGCUCCUUCACCGACUUCAGCACCAUCCCCUCGGGCGCCUUCCAGGCGGCGGCCUUCUUCGUGCUGCUCUCCAUGGUGCUGACGCUGGGCUGCAUCACCUGCUUCGCCCUCUUCUUCUUCUGCAACACCGCCACCGUCUACAAGAUCUGCGCCUGGAUGCAGCUGCUGGCAGCGCUCUGCCUGGUGCUGGGCUGCAUGAUCUUUCCCGACGGCUGGGAUGCAGAGACCAUACGGGACAUGUGCGGGGAGAAGACGGGGAAGUACUCCCUGGGAGACUGCUCCGUGCGCUGGGCUUACAUCCUGGCCAUCAUCGGUAUCCUCAACGCCCUCAUCCUUUCCUUCCUGGCCUUUGUCCUCGGCAACCGGCAGAACGACCUGCUGCACGAGGAGCUCAAGACAGAGAGCAAAGAUUUUGUCGGCACUGCGAGGAUAUAAGGCCGAGCACCCGCAGCAGGACCCUCUUCCCGCGGCCGGCAGCCUGGGCGCUCCCUCCCUGUCCUGCCCUUCGUCUGCUGCCAGCGGCCAUGCAGCGUCCCGCGCCGCCCCUCGGGCCCCGCCGCCCGCGCCGGGGACGUGCCAGCCGCCCGCCGCGUCC